GUACUCAGACGAUCAGUGUCACUUCCGUCAGGUCAUCCUCACACGUUUUCUAAUUUUAAAAACAUUAUUGAUAUAAUAUUCCUGUACAUUUAAUUACAUUCUGUCAGUAAUAACUAAUUAAUUGACUUAGAUGAUUAUCUAUGCAGCUUUUAUCAUGUUGUUUCAGGAUAUAUAUUUUUACUGCUCCAAAACAUGAAAAACGUGCAUCUCAAUUUUGUUUUGGUAACAUUCAGCAUUAAUGAAAAUCAGAAUUUGGAAGUGAAAGCAACUCGACAAGAAUCAUUAGUUAACGAUUGUCAACGAAAAGAAAAUUAUUAAAUGGCUGAGACAAUUCACAGAACAUUAUCAACAUAUUUAUCAACUUUGAAAAACUAAAAGUAUCUUCAUUGAGCUUGUGUCUGCUUGAUUAUACAACUUUUGGCUGAUGAAUUGGAAAUAUUUCCUUGGAAUUGAGAAUAUUUCCUAGAAUUUCUACAAAUGAUUACUGAAAGAUUUCCUUUAUGUAUAUAUUAAACUCAGAACAUUUAAAAUAAAGUUUCCAUUGUCUUAUGUGCAGGGACAUUGAUAUCUAAAUAUAUCUUGUUAACAGCUGCUAACUUAAUGAUCCUUUAGUUGCAGAAUUUGAUGCUCUUUCUUAAGAGCCAAGACAUUGUCAGGCUUUAACAAAAGCCAAAUUACACUUAAAGUGUAGAUUAAAAGAGAAAGAUAUGAAUGCAAAAGCAGAGCCUGUAAACAUUGCUUCAUCUAAUCAGACACAGGAAAAUGCAGAAGAGAAGUCACACCUUUGUGAUAUGUGUGGAAAAUUAUUCACUACAGGCAGUUUAUUAUCUUCCCAUAAAUGUAUUCACACACGCAGAAAACUGCACCACAGUGAUAUCUGUGAUAAAAAAUUCUCAGAUAAUAGCACAUUAAUUUCCAAUAAGCAUUGUCACACAGAAGAAACAUCAUACCACUGUGAUAUUUGUAGUAAAAAUUUCACUCAGAAAGGUAGUUUCUCUCGACACAAGCGUAUUCACACAGGAGAAAGACCAUACCACUGUGAUAAGUGUGGUAAAUCAUUUUCCAGAAAUGGUCAUUUGUCUUCCCACAAACAUAUUCACACAGGAGAAAAACCAUACCACUGUGAUAUCUGUGAUAAAGCAUUCUCUAGAAGUGAUAAUUUAACUCAACACAAACGUGUUCACACAGGAGAGAAAGCAUAUUUCUGUGAUAUCUGUGGUAAAGCAUUUGCUGGGAGUGCUGAUUUGUCUGUCCACAAACGUAUUCACACAGGAGAAAGACCUUACCACUGUGAUAUAUGUGGUGAAACUUUUAUUAGAAAUCGUAAUUUAACUUACCACAAACAUAGCCACACAGGAAAGAAACCUUACAAAUGUGACACCUGUGAAGAAUCAUUUUCUACAAGGGGUCAAUUAUCUGUCCACAAACGUAUUCACACAGGUGAAAGACCAUACAAGUGUGAUAUUUGUGGUAAAGCAUUCUCUCAAAUUGGUCAUUCUGUUCGACACAAGCGUAUCCACACAGGUGAGAAACCAUACCAAUGCGAUAUAUGUAGUGAAACAUUUUCUAGAAGUGAUAAUUUGACUAAACACAAAGAAAUUCACACAGAAGGGAAACCAUAGCUAUGUGAUCAUCAUCAUCAUCAUCAUCGUUUAACGUCCGCUUUCCAUGCUAGCAUGGGUUGGACGAUUUGACUGAGGACUGGUGAAACCGGAUGGCAACACCAGGCUCCAAUCUAAUUUGGCAGAGUUUCUACAGCUGGAUGCCCUUCCUAACGCCAACCACUCAGAGAGUGUAGUGGGUGCUUUUACGUGUCACCCGCACGAAAACGGCCACGCUCGAAAUGGUGUCUUUUAUGUGCCACCUGCACAAGCCAGUCCAGGGGCACUGGCAACGAUCUCGCUCGAAAG